GUCCACGACCACCUCACCAUCAGCAAUACUGUUGUUUUCGUUGGUGUUUGCUAACUCUAUCGACCCAUUCUCCUCACCAUUGCUGCUGCGGCUGUGACGUCUACCUCCUCUUCUCUCCUCCCCCGCUCUCUCUCUCUCUACGCGAUGGAGCGCUGCAAGUCGUACUUCACUUCGCGGAACGCGCAGUUCCUCAUUGACCGCAUUCGCGAGUUCGCCGACAGCAGCGCGACGGUCGAGCUGGCCGCUGCUCGUCUGGGCUGCUCGCCGGCCGAGAUUGCAAAGUCGCUUUCCUUCUUGCAGCGCAAGGCCAUGACAAAGGCGGAGGCGAAGGCCCACCAGAAGGCGGUGUUAGAACUGCGUAAGCAGCAGCAGCAGCAGCCGUCGGAGGAGGGCAGCGACAGCGCCGGCAGCACGCCCGCCGGCUCCCCCACCAGCGCGCUACUCGACUCCACCGUGGUCGUGAUCGUCGCGGCGGGGGAUGCCAAAGUGAACGCGAAGAAGUACAAGGAGAAGUUUCUCGGUCAGCCGAAGAUGCUGAAGCGGGAGGAGGUGGAGGCGCUGACGGGGUUUCCACCCGGCGGCGUCUGCCCCUUCGGCGUCAACGACAACGUCCGGGUCUACCUCGAUGUCUCGCUGCGGCGGUUUGCGACGGUGUACCCGGCGGUCGGCACGGCGAACAGCGGCAUCCCGCUCUCGACGGAGGAGUUGGAGCAGUACGCAUCCAAUGUGGUGGAGUGGGUGGACUUGUGUGACGGGUGGCAGUCGGGCGGCGAGGGCGAUGGCGAGGAAGCCGCCGCUGCCACCACAGCAGACGCGGAAACCAAGAAGGCCGCGAAUGAGUCGGCGAAGGUCGCAGAGGAGAUCCGUGCCUAA